UCGUCCUCUCAGAUUUCGGUGUUAGUAGGAUGAGAAGCCAGAUAACAGAGGCUUUUCAUCCUGUCUUUGCUCUAUCUGAUUAUAUAAUCCAGGUCAUUAUCGGUCCCUUAGAGAAAUAAUGAAGUUAUAAAAGAAUGACUUAUUAGGCUCCUUGAGCUGUAAUUAAAUGAUUUGUGACAUGCUGUGUCUUCUAGCUUACCCAAGUAAUGAAAGUCACAUGUGAUCUCACAAGUAUGGGAAGUAAGAAAUUGUUUUAUCUGUUCUUCUACAUGGAUUUUUCUCAGGUGUGGGAUACCACAUUGUCAUGGUGAAGACGCCUGACUGUAAUGUCACAGAAAUCUCAAAAUUGAUUCAUCAUUAUAUACCGACAGCCACUUUGGAGAACAAUGUUGGAACUGAAUUAUCAUUUAUUCUACCCAAAAAUUAUGCACACAGUUUUGAAGCUCUGUUUACUGCUCUGGAACAAGAGCAAGAAAACCUGGGCAUUGCUAGCUUUGGUGCCUCUGUCACUACCAUGGAAGAAGUCUUCUUCAAGGUCAGUUACAUGGAAGAGUCACAAACAGAUAUCAAAGCUAUGCAGUCUUCCUCCCAGGUGGGCCAAUCGUCUAACAGGAACUGGAAUAAGAACAUGUCAAGAAAUGUUGAGAGAGCAGACCCUCCCACCCUGAAUGAAAGCCCUACUAUUCACUUUAAUACUGGGUGUUCUCUCUACAGCCAGCAGUUCCAUGCCAUGUUCGUAAAGAGGGUCUUAUUCAACUGGCGCAACUGGAAACUGCUUUUGUUACAGAUCCUGGGACUCAUAGGCUCCGUUGCCUUUCUCUUAAGUUCUGGUCACACUUCAGAGGAUGAAAUUAUCAGGCAAAUGGAUUUGGGUCAAUAUGGUCAAACCAUUGUGCCCUUUUCUCUUUCUGGGAAUUCUGAUUUGGCUGCAAAUCUCUCAAAACACCUGAAGGGCAUGCUCAAGUCUGAGAACCAAAUACCUCAGGAAGUACAAGGUGACCUACUGAGGUACUUGAGGGAAACAAAAGAUUGUAUUCGUUUAUGUAUCGUUGCACUUUCUAUUGAGUCAAAGCCAAACAUAGUAGUACUUACUGCUCUGUUCAACAAUGAAGCAUAUCAUUCACCAUCUGCAGCUCUUGCAGUGUUAGACAACAUUCUUUUCAAGUCACUUUCUGGGGCCGAUGCUUCCUUAACAGUCUCCAAUAAACCUCAGCCACCCCCUGAUGGUAAAGACAAUGAAAAGCCUAUAAAUGGACAACAAUUGGCCUUAGCUUUACAAUUUGGCAUGGCUCUUCUGAUCAGUGGCUAUUGUCUCCUGACAGUGACUGAGAGAACCACUAAGACAAAGCACAUUCAGUUUGUGAGUGGCGUCUCUGUCAUUGUGUACUGGCUUUCUGCCCUAUUGUGGGAUUUCAUCAUCUUCUUUGCUUCCUGUUUCUUAAUAAUGGGAGUGAUAAAAUACCACAAAUUUGAUAUUUAUGUCAUGGAUUACCACAUUCUGGAAACUAUGCUGAUCUUCACGCUGUAUGGCUGGUCUGCCAUUCCCUUUGUGUACCUAAUAAGCUUUGUGUUUUCUGGAAGUACUUCUGCCUACAUCAAGCUUCUCCUACUCAACUACUUUUCAGGCACUUUGGGUUUCCUCAUAGGCAAUAUAUUAGAAAACAAACAGCUAACCAGCAUGUCAAACACCACCAGAACCAUUCUAGGUAAUUCAUUACUGUUCUUUCCCAAUUACAACCUUGCAAAGUGCAUUGGUGAGUAUACAUCUAUCUACGAGAUGAAGAUACUGUGCACCAUCUACAAGAAUCUUUCUGUCUACCUAAAUUGUAGCAAAGAAAAUACUGAGAAGAGUAUUUAUUCUUUGGACGAGUUUAUGAUUGGGAAGUAUUUGAUUGUCAUGAGUACUACAGGCUUUAUUUUCCUUCUCUUGAUUUUCCUUUGGGAGACUACUUCAUGGAGACUAAGAACAUUCCUCAAUCAACACAUUUUCUUUCGUAUCUAUAAGCGAUACAGGAAGGAUAUAGUGGCCAAGGAAUUAUCUGGGCAAUCAGAAGAUGAAGAUGUACAAAACGAAAGAAAGAGAAUCCUGGAGCAGCCUCAGGAGUUGCUGAAUUCCACAGUACUUAUUAAAGAACUCAUAAAGAUCUAUUUUAAGUCUCCAGCCAUCCUGGCUGUAAAAAAUGUCUCUCUUGCAAUCCAAAAGGGGGAGUGCUUUGGAUUGCUUGGAUACAAUGGAGCUGGAAAAACAACUACUUUCCAAAUUUUGACUGGGGAAGAGAGUCCUACUUCUGGAGAUGUGUUCAUUGAUGGCUUUAGCAUCACAAAAGAUAUCCUACAGGUGAGGUCAAGAAUUGGCUAUUGUCCUCAAUUUGAUGCCUUGCUGGAAUAUAUGACUGCUCAGGAAAUAAUGGUUAUGUAUGCCAGAAUAUGGGGAGUCUCUGAGCCCCAGAUUGGGCUGUAUGUGAACAAAUGGUUGAAUUCACUGGACCUGGAGUCUCAUGCUGACAAGCUUAUCCGCACCUACAGUGGAGGAAACAAACGUAGGCUGAGUACUGCUAUUGCCCUAAUGGGAAGGUCUUCAGUCAUCUUCCUGGAUGAGCCAUCAACUGGCAUGGACCCAGUAGCCCGACGCCUGCUCUGGGACGCAGUGACAAAGACAUGUGAAAGUGGAAAAGCCAUCGUUAUAACCUCCCACAGUAUGGAGGAAUGCGACGCCCUCUGUACCAGCCUUGCCAUCAUGGUGCAGGGGAAGUUCAUGUGCUUGGGCAGCCCUCAGCAUCUCAAGAACAAGUUUGGCAACAUUUACAUCCUGAAGGUCAAGUUCAAGACUGAAGCUAAAUUAGAGGAUUUUAAAUGUUAUGUUACGACAACGUUUCCAGGUAGUGUCUUAAAACAUGAGAAUCAAGGAAUCCUUAACUACUACAUUCCCAGCAAGGACAACCGCUGGGGAAAGGUGUUUGGCAUUUUGGAGCAAGCUAAAGAGCAAUUUGAUUUAGAAGACUAUUCCAUCAGUCAGAUCACACUGGAACAAGUCUUCCUGACCUUUGCUAACCCAGAGAAAGCAUCCAGUGAUGAGGAAAAUGAGGUGCCAUGAGAUUCAAUUACAACCAGUGACCCUCGUGUCUUUCAUAGAUGAUACCUGGACCUUCUGUGUAUAGGGAGACUUUCCUCUGCAUGUAUAUCUUGGUGUAAAUAUAUUUAUGUAAUAAAGAUUUUCCCAAAGGAGAA